AUGGAGAAAUACCAGAAGAUCGAAAAGAUCGGAGAAGGGACUUAUGGUGUCGUCUACAAAGCUCGUGAGCUUGCUCAUCCCAACCGGAUUGUCGCCUUAAAGAAGGUCCGAUUAGAGACAGACGAUGAAGGGGUCCCUAGUACAACUAUUCGUGAAAUAUCCUUGCUCAAAGAGAUGAACCACCCUAAUAUCGUUAGAUUGUUCAACAUCCACACAGAGGGUUAUAAACUCUACCUUGUCUUUGAACAUCUAGACUCCGAUCUCAAGAAAUACAUGGACGCUCUUCCCGUGAACGAUGGCGGACGCGGUAGAUCUCUCCCGAAUGGUUUAAGCAUGGAUAUGGGGCUAGGGGAAGCCAUGAUCAAAAAGUUCAUGUCUCAACUCAUCGAAGGCAUUUACUUCUGCCACAGUCGUCGGGUUCUUCAUCGUGACCUUAAGCCUCAAAAUCUUCUGAUCAAUCGUGACGGCAGUCUAAAGUUAGCCGAUUUUGGAUUGGCAAGAGCUUUUGGCGUUCCUUUGAGAACCUAUACGCACGAGGUCGUCACACUAUGGUAUCGUUCUCCGGAGAUUCUCCUCGGCGGUCCCCAAUAUUCAACGUCAGUAGAUAUGUGGUCAUGUGGCGCUAUCUUUGCGGAGAUGUGCACACGCAAGCCCUUGUUCCCCGGGGAUUCGGAAAUUGAUCAGAUUUUCAAGAUUUUCCGUCUCCUUGGUACCCCGGAUGAAGAUUCUUGGCCAGGCGUUACUUCCUUCCCGGAUUAUAAGCCAUCAUUCCCUAAGUGGAAGCGUGACAGUGAUGAACAUCUAAUUCCUGGAUUGGAAAGGCAUGGAUUACGUCUUUUAGAUGCUCUUCUUGAAUUUGAUCCUGCACGAAGGAUGUCUGCCAAGCAGGCCCGCUCCCACCCUUACUUUCGGCAUAGGAGCUCAUAA